UCGGGGCGGCGCUGCCAGGAACAGCCCGUCCGUCCCCAGAACGGGCGGGAGGCGGCCGCGCGGCUGCCCGAGCCCGGCGGCCCUUCCCGGCUGCGGCCCCGCGCUGUGUCAGGCAGGCGCACAGUGCGCCCAGGCCCCGCCGGCGCCCGGGAUCCCUGCCCUCCCUCCGCCCUCCCCCGUCCUUAAGGAAAUGCUCGCAGACACCCCCCUUCAGACGCGCUCGGCCUCGGCGAGGAGCGGCAGCCGCCGCGGGGACCAGGGCGCCCGGGCGCUCGCCGGCGCCUCUCUCUCCUCCUGCUCGGCCUCCUCGUUCCCAGCCGAGACUUUCCAGAUGGAGUCUUUGGAUGUUGUUAAAAGACAAUGGUAAUCAGAUCUACUUGCAAAAUUAAGCGAACUGAUUUGGUUGGAACACUGAUUUACCAAUCUUAAACAUUCGGUCGCUGGAGUCCCAGAAGUUGUGUGUGAGUUCCUGUGGGGAGAAAAGGUAUCUUGGAAAGCAAGGACAGCAUGAUGCAGUUUUUUGAUAUGAGGAUAACAGGAAGUGCGAAGAGACUCAUGCCGGCGAGAUCUGUAAAUCCGGCAGGUUGUGUCUUAGUGAAACUGGCAAGUGAUGGGCAAAAUUCCUCCUAAACGCUCCAUCGCCCCAGCUUCAUCCUAGCUGAAAAUCUUCCAAUGCCAUAGGAAGUCUGUGUAGAUGUGUGCUUGGCUUCGGAUGGACGUUCCCGCCAUGGGGAGAGCCGUGUCAUAGCCCCGGCCCUGGAUCCCGCCGUCGGGGACCGACAGCCUGCAGUGUGGUGUGGACGCCUGGGAACAUGGGAGCCGCCGAGCUAAAAAUUUAGAAAGCACAGCUUCGCAUGCGCUCCAUGAGCCUGCACGGCUUUCGAGGGAAAUAGCACCUGAGGCCUUGGGUGACAAAAUGAGCACUGGGGACACGGCGGUAGGACAGAAAGCUACCUCGAGGUCUGCAGAAGCAGAGAGAGCACCAGGCCGAUGGAGACAGGAGCAGCUGGCGGCGGUGAAGAUGAGCGCUUUGGGCAGUCCAGAAGGACCGCGGCAGCCACACGUAGACCCUGAGCAACUCGGAAACAUGGGGUCAUCACAACUCUUCAGUUCUGGGAAGCUGGCAUCUCCUGGCGAGGCGGCCCCCCAAGCCCCAGAGAAGCAGUACGCCCCGCCCCGGCCCAGCCUGUACUCGCGCCCGCACCCCCUCGCCUUCCCGCAGGCCCCGCUGCCGCUGGGUGCCAUGCAUGGUGGCAAGCCCCCCCAGAGUCUGGAGGGGCCCCCCUGGCUGUUUCCCGGCCAUUUGCCAUCGGUGGCCUCUGAGGACUUAUUCCCUUUUCCUCUUCAUGGCCACAGUGCGGCCUACCCUAGGAAAAAGAUUUCGAGUCUGAACCCGGCUUAUGGCCAGUACUCCCAGAAGAGUCUCGAGCAGCCAGAAGAUGUUCACAAGAAAGAGCACAAACCCAAAAAGCCAGGCAAGUACAUCUGCCCCUACUGCAGCAGGGCCUGUGCCAAACCCAGUGUGCUGAAGAAGCACAUCAGGUCGCACACCGGUGAGCGGCCGUACCCCUGCAUCCCCUGCGGCUUCUCUUUCAAGACCAAGAGCAACUUGUACAAGCACAGGAAGUCCCACGCCCAUGCAAUUAAGGCUGGCCUGGUCCCAUUCACGGAGUCAGCCGUGUCCAAGCUGGACCUCGAGGCGGGCUUCAUUGACGUGGAAGCUGAGAUCCACUCGGACGGGGAGCAGAGCACAGACACGGACGAGGAGAGCUCGCUCUUCGUGGAGGCCCCUGACAAAAUGAGCCCCGGCCCGCCAAUGCCAGGGGACGUGGCAGGCCGGGGCGGCUACCCCGGGCCCCUGGACGAGUCGCUGGGGGGUCCGAUGAAGGUCCCCGUCUUGAUCAUCCCCAAAAGCGGGCUCCCUCUGCCUAGCGAGAGCCCCCAGUACCUGGGCUCCGACGUGCUCCCAAACCCAUCCCUCAAGGCCGAUGACUCGCACACAGUCAAGCAGAAGCUGGCGCUGAGGCUGUCGGAGAAGAAAGGCCACGAUGCGGAGCCGUCUCUCAACCUCCUGAGCCCGCACAGCAAGGGCAGCACCGACUCGGGCUACUUCUCCCGCUCCGAGAGCGCAGAGCAGCAGAUCAGCCCCCCAAACACGAAUGCCAAGUCCUACGAGGAGAUCAUCUUCGGGAAGUUCUGCCGGCUGAACCCGCGGAACGUGCUGAGCAUCGUGGCGGCCAGCGAGGAGCGGGCCGCAGUGGGCAGGAAGGGCGUGAUGGAGCCGUUGCCUCAUGCCAACGCCCGUCUGGACCUCAAGAUGUUUGAAGACCCGGCCUCCCAGCUGCUUCCCGGCCAGGGAGACCUCGAUCCCGGCCACACAAGCUUGCUCAAGUCCCCCAAAUUCAACAGCGAGCCCAGGCAUUCCCAGCCCGGGCCAGCCUCCUCCAGGAACGAAGGGAAACUCUACCCAGCCCAUUUUACAGGCAGCGGCCCCAUCCUUCUAGAAGCUCCUGUGGAUUCCUCGCCUCUCAUUAGAAGCAACUCGAUGCCAACCUCCUCGGCAACCAAUUUAAGCAUCCCCCCUUCCCUGCGAGGCAGCCAUUCGUUUGACGAGCGGAUGGCCGGCUCCGACGACGUGUUCUACCCGGGCACCGUGGGCCUGCCGCCCCAGCGCAUGCUGCGCAGACAAGCAGCCUUCGAGCUGCCCUCGGUGCAGGAGGGCCACGUGGAGGUGGAGCAUCACGGGCGGGUGCCAAAGAGCACUGCGGGCCCAUCCUUGAAGGAGAAGAAACUGGGCCCCGCGGAGCGGGGCGGGUACGACUAUGACGUCUCUUGGAAGCCCUAUAAGAAGUGGGACGACCCUGACGUGCCAAAGCAGCUCUACCGGGAUGUUCCCUGCCUGACUUCUUUAAAGCACGGUGGAGAGUUCUCCAUGGACCCCUCCGUGGCUGGGCAGGGGCUGCCCAUCCUGUUCGGGAUGACUUGCGAGACGAGAAAGCGCCGGAAGGAGAAGAGUGUGGGCGAUGAGGAGGACACCCCCAUGGUCUGCGGUGGCGUAGGGGGCACCCCCUUGGGCUUGGGGAGCUCCGACUACGACCCCAAGAUGCAGGUGCAGGAAGGGGCACAUGGCCACACUGACCCGGGCGGCUCCCAGCCCCAAUCGGGAAGCCCGUCCCUUGGGUCUGAGGACUCCCCGUCAGCCACAGAUUCAGACCGGACGUCAGACCUGGGGGGCAGGAAACCCCCUGGAAACGUGAUUUCGGUCAUCCAGCACACCAACUCGCUGAGCCGCCCCAAUUCCUUUGAAAGGUCUGAGUCUGCUGAGCUGGCGGCUGGUGCCCAGGACAAAACCUCGUCGCCUUCGGAGACUGGUGACAGCGAGGUCUCGGAAGCCCCCGUGAGUCCCGAGUGGGCUCCCCCGGGGGACGGUGCGGACAGCGGGGUGAAGCCGUCCCCUUCCCCGCAGGGCCUGCAGCCGCCCUGCCACACGCAGCCCAGGCUCGUUCGCCAGCACAACAUCCAGGUCCCCGAGAUCCGCGUGACCGAAGAGCCGGACAAGCCGGAGAAGGAGAAGGAGACCCAGGGCAAGGAGCCAGAGAAGCCCGCGGAGGAGUUCCAGUGGCCCCAGAGAAGCGAGACGCUGUCCCAGCUCCCCGCCGAGAAGCUGCCACCCAAAAAGAAGCGCCUGCGGCUGGCGGAGAUGGAGCACUCUUCCGGAGAAUCCAGCUUCGAGUCAGCGGGCACAGGCCUGUCUCGCAGCCCCAGCCAAGAAAGCAACUUAUCCCACAGCUCCAGCUUUUCCAUGUCUUUCGAGAGAGACGAGGCCAUUAAACUUGCUGCAUUCCCCAAGCAGGAUGAGCUGGGGAAGCCAUCCGAGUUCCUGACCGUCCCCGCCGGCUCCUACUCCCUGUCUGUCCCCGGUCACCCCCAGAAGGAGAUGCGGCGCAGCUCUUCGGAGCAGACGCCCUGCCCGCACCCCGCCGAGGUCCCUGAAAUCCGGAGCAAGUCGUUCGAUUAUGGCAAUCUGUCGCACGCUCCUGCGGCUGGCGCAGUGGCCCCCACGCUCUCGCCACCCCGGGAGAGGAAGAGGUGCUUUCUGGUGCGGCAGGCCUCCUUCAGCGGCUCUCCGGAGAUGGCCCAGGGUGAGGCCAGCGGGGAGCAGGGUGUGCAGCAGGAGCAGAUGGAGCAGCUGCACGCCAGCCUCAGGUCUGCGUGGCCCCUGUGCCCGUCGUCCGUGCUGCCCGCCGUGGCCAGCGAGGACCUGGGAAAGCAGAGCCUGGGAACCUGUGCCCAGCUGGGUGCCGGCUCGUUCCACCUCGCCCAGCGGCAGAUCCUGCACCUGGACAGCCCAGAAGCUUUGAGGAAUCCCCUGAUGCAGCCGACGUCUUAUGUCACAAGCAAGCACUUAGCCGAACAGCCCCACUUGUUUCCCCCCCAGGAGACCGUCCCAUUUUCCCCGAUGCAGAACCCCCUGUUCCAGUUUCAGUACCCCACCGUCAGCAUGGUCCGCCUGCCGGCUCAGCAGCUGCCCUGGUGGCAGGUGCCGUUCCCACCGCCCUUGGCUCCCCACCCUCCCAAAAGCUACGACAAGCCUCCUUUCCAGUCCGAGGCCCAUGCUGGCUACCCCGUAGAACCCGCCUCUGAGCACGCCGGAAAGGAACCCUCUGACUAUGCCCACACGACAGAGCACGCCUACCCGUGCUACUCGGGAACGUCAGGGCUGCACUCCAAGAGCCUCCUGCCCCCGUUCCCGUCGGACCAGAGUGCCAAGCCGAGCAGUCCGCCUACUGAGCAGCUCCUCCCAGAGGACUUCGCCUCGGCCCGUGCCGGGCCCUUGCAGUCGCUUCCGGGCCCAGUGGUGCCCGUGAGAAUCCAGACCCAUGUGCCAUCCUAUGGGAGCGUCAUGUACACGAGCAUCUCGCAGAUGCUCGGGCACAGCAGCCCUGCCAUCGUCAUCUGCAAAGUCAACGAGACCACGACAGAAAGAACGCUGGUGAGCGCUGCCGCCACGCAGGGCCUCGGGCUGGACAUUGCCCAGGUUCUCGGGCAGCACGCAGGCUUGGAGAAGUACCCCAUCUGGAAGGUACCGCAGACCUUACCCCUUGGCUUGGAGUCCUCCAUCCCGCUGUGCUUGCCGUCCACCUCAGAUGGAGCCUCCUCGCUGGGCGGGAGCAAGCGCAUGCUAUCCCCCGCCAGCAGCUUGGAGCUCUUCAUGGAAACCAAACAGCAGAAAAGAGUGAAGGAAGAGAAGAUGUAUGGGCAGAUCGUCAAGGAGCUCAGCGCCGUGGAGCUGACCAGCUCGGACAUCAAGAAGCAUCUGACCCGCCCACCGAAGCCCCAGCUGGUGCGGCAGGGCUGCGCAUCCGAGCCCAAGGACGGCUCGCAUUCGCGAUCCUCAUCCUUCUCGUCCCUGUCGCCCUCGUCAUCUCAGGACCAGCCCCCGGCCCGGGAGCCCUUCACGCCCGCCAGGGAGCCACUGGCCAGUGCCCGGGCAGCCCCCGUGGGGCAGCGGCCCGUGGGGCCUUCUGAAAGCAAAGAGUCGUCCGACGAGUUAGAGAUCGACGAGGCAGCCUCUGACAUGAGCAUGAGCCCCCAGGGCGCCUCGUUGCCGCCGGGGGACCUUUCACCCAAAGAACCAGGGAAGAGCCAGAAGCUGCCCACUGGUGUGCUGCUCCACGUGGCGUCUGGCCCCGGCGGGAAAGCAGCGAACUCCACGUUCCUCUUCACCGACGUGGCCGAUUUCCAGCAGCUUCUGCAGUUCCCCAGUCUGCGGACAACCACGACCGUGAGUUGGUGCUUCUUGAAUUAUACAAAACCCAACUGCGUGCAACAGGCCGCCUUCAAAUCCUCGGUGUAUGCUUCAUGGUGCAUUAGUUCCUGCAACCCAAACCCAUCCGGGUUGAACACCAAGACCACGCUGGCUCUCCUGAGGUCCAAGCAAAAAAUCACUGCCGAAGUCUAUACUCUGGCCGCCAUGCACCGGCCAGGGAGUGGCAAGCUGACGUCGUCGAGUGCUUGGAAACAGUUUGCUCAGAUGAAACCUGAUGCGUCAUUUCUAUUCGGCAGCAAACUAGAAAGGAAACUGGUGGGAAAUACCCUAAAGGAAAGAGGGAAAGGAGAUUUUCAUGGAGACAAAGAUAUUGGAUCCAAACAAACUGAGCCAAUCCGCAUUAAAAUCUUCGAAGGAGGGUAUAAAUCGAAUGAAGAGUAUGUCUAUGUCCGAGGGCGUGGGCGUGGGAAGUACAUCUGUGAGGAGUGUGGGAUCCGCUGCAAGAAGCCAAGCAUGCUCAAGAAACACAUCCGCACGCACACCGACGUGCGGCCUUACAUCUGCAAGUUAUGCAACUUUGCCUUCAAAACAAAAGGAAACCUAACAAAACAUAUGAAAUCUAAAGCGCACAUGAAGAAGUGCCUGGAGCUGGGCGUCUCGAUGACGUCAGUGGACGAUACAGAGACCGAGGAAGCAGAAAAUAUGGAAGAGUUGCACAAAGCAGCUGAGAAGCACAGCAUGUCCAGCAUUUCAACUGAUCACCAGUUCUCAGAUGCUGAGGAAUCGGAUGGCGAGGAUGGAGACGAUAACGACGACGAUGAUGAGGACGACGAUGACUUCGACGACCAGGGAGACUUGACGCCAAAAACCCGGUCGCGAAGCACCAGCCCGCAGCCCCCUCGGUUCUCCUCCUUGCCCGUGAACGUUGGUGCCGCACCCCACGGGGGCCCUUCCGAGGGUUCCCUGGCACAUCCUUCGCUGAUGAGCUACUUGGUCACUUUGCCCAGCAUUCAGGUCACUCAGCUCAUGACCCCAAGUGACUCGUGCGAAGACACGCAGAUGACCGCCUACCAGAGGCUCUUCCAGAGCAGGAGCACGGACUCUGAGCCCGACAAGGACAGGCUGAGCAUCCCCAGCUGCAUGGAGGAAGACUGCCUGCUGUCGUCAGAGCCCGGCUCUUCCCCCAGGGACUUCUCGCCCGCAAGCCAUCAUUCCUCCCCGGGGUACGACUCCUCACCCUGUCGAGAUAAUUCACCAAAGAGGUAUCUGAUGCCCAAAGGAGAUUUAUCACCCAGAAGACAUUUGUCACCACGGAGAGAACUGUCGCCCCUGAGACAUCUCUCACCAAGAAAAGAGGCUGCCUUGAGGAGAGAGAUGUCACAAAGAGAUGCUUCCCCGAGAAGGCAUCUGUCCCCAAGGAGGCCAGUGUCACCUGGAAAGGAUGUGAUGGCAAGGAGAGACCUUUCUCCCAGAAGAGACCGCAGAUACAAGACCUCCGUGAGAGCGCCGUCCCCCAGAAGGGCCCUGUACCCCAACCCGCCGUUGUCCUUGGGGCAGUAUUUGCAAGCAGAGCCCAUCCUGCUGGGGCCUCCCAGUUUCCGAAGAGGCCCACCUCAGGUUCCCUACUUCAGUCUCUACGGAGACCAAGAAGGUGCUUUUGAACAUCAAGGCUCCGGCCUUGCCCCCGAGGCCCCGACUGACCACGUCUUCAGUCACCUUCCACUCCACUCCCAGCUCCAAGUGCGCGCCCCUGUUCCCAUGGUGCCAGUUGGCGGGAUUCAGCUGGUCCACUCCAUGCCGCCGGCCCUGCCCGGUUUCCACCCCCCGCCCACAUUGCCUCUGCCCAUGGAGGGCUCCGAGGAGAAGAGGGGCGCUUCCGGGGAGCCCUUCGCCAAAGAGCCCCCCGCGCUCUCCAGGCUGCCCGGCUUGCAGGCAUCUGGUCGCCCUUGCGCUGCCUCCUCUCCCCGGCUGCUGAUGAAGCAGAGCACCUCGGAAGACAGCCUGAACGCCGCCGAGAGGGAGCAGGAGGACAACAUACAGACCUGUACGAAAGCCAUUGCCUCGCUCCGGAUUGCCGCCGAAGAGGCCCCUCUGCUGGGGGCUGACGCCCCGGCACGGGGGCAGGAGCCCCCACAGAAACCCUGGGAGAGUGCACACGCAGGCAUCAGGCACUUCAGUGGGGCUGAGCCGGGCCCGCCCUGCCCCGCGGCUGCCCACCUGGACUUGCAGGACGGCGAGAAGGACGCUUUCGGUACAUCGCAGACUGCAUCAGCUCAUUCCACGUUUUACAGCCGGAGUGGCGGGGACGACAAACAGCCGGGCUUCCCCAGCAGCCAGGAGUUACCUCCGAGCACAGAGGAACGCAGAGAGCCUUCGCCAUCCGAGAAGAGCAGACUGCAUUGAUCCAAGAUGCAUGGAGACUCAUUUCCACGUGUUCCCAUUUUCUUUUCUAGGAAUAGGGGCGAUCCAGUCGGUAGCAUGCCUGUCCUAAGUUACGGUAGUUUGCUAUUAUAUAUACUUUUGUUAUAUCAGAAGAAUUAGGUAAAAUACCAAGUCAUCACGAGCCUGACCAAAACAAAAUUUGAAAUUAACCUAUUGGGUCUGGUACUUUUAAAAUUGUACAGAUGUUUGUGCCUUUUCUUUACUUUGCUUAUAUUCUUAUAAGCAUUUUUUAGCAGUAAUUUGUACAUAUUUUAGAAUUUGUGUAUCUGCUUUGUAAUAAAUGUAAUUUCUUUCCUUUUUUGGACACUUGGAUCUAAAUGAUGUAAAGCAAAAUGGCAUCAAUAUAUAUGUGAGGUUGCACUAAAACAUAUUUUUAUAUGAUUAAAACUGAACAGCUUUUAUGUACAGCUCCAAUUCUGUAAUACUAAUAUUUAUUUACUUUGUUUCAUAAAUUGUACAUUUUUUCUUAAUGUUGUGGAUUGCUUUUCUAUGUGAAGCAUGGGGUUUACCGUUGCAUAACUAGAACAAAAAUGUAUAUUGUAAACAAGAUAUUUAAACUAGAGUAUCUUAUUCUGCACUUACGCAUUAGUUUAAAAAAAGAAACGAUAAAGGAUGUAUCAGUCAGUUCUUAACUCUUGUAAAUUUUUUUUGUCCCUUGUUUGCUGGAUUGACUAUAACUUAAGUGCUGAUUGUGAUUUUAAACCGAUAGUACCGUAAAGCAUUAAAGUAAACAAUGUGCUAUUGUGAGUUUUUUCAAACCUUUAUAAAUCAGUUAUAAAUAAUAUUAAAGGUAUUUGGUCUUAUGUGAACAUGUUGAUCUAUAUACUCAACUAAAAAUGUGGGAAAACAUUCCGCCCCAUGUAAAUAUGUACAAGUGCAUCACUGGUACAACUUUAUGUAACUCGGUCGGACCCUGGGUUGCACAGACCUACGCCAGAGUGUCUUUCCAGGUUGAGCAGCGAAGCACAGAGGACUGUGUGCGCUUGGUCACCGGCCGGCCCGGUGGCUUGGCAGGUGGUGCUGUGCACUGCCCGUGGACAGGCCCUGGGUCGAGAAGCCAGCUCGCUGCUGGCCGCACCUGAUGGCAAUGGCUAGGCCUGGGCUCGGGGUGGGCGAGCACGGGGGCCAGGGUGGAGACCUGCUGGCCGCUCGGCGUGUCCUGCUGAUCGGUCCAUGCGCUGCCAGGGGCUGGCCACAGCCUUAGGGAAGCCACUCUCUCCAUCCAAGAGGGGACGAGGGGCUCUCCCGGCUAUCUCAGGGGGAAAGCGGGAAAGGAGCUUUCAAGGAAAGAGAACUGGGGGAGGGUGGUGUAUUUUGAAUGUCCCAUUCAGAAUGGCUUUGGGUUCGUGUCUGAAGGUGGGAGAGCCUUUGGGUGCAGGUUCAGAGGAGGGGCCUAGAGGGAGGUUGCCGGGACCUGUGCACGCACACGUAGUGGGGUUGUUCGUGCUACCUAGUGGAUUCUAAUUCUGUGAAACCAAGUUUGUAUAUGGAAUUACAUUAAGGAGUGUUCUUUAAAAAGAGAAAUAAAUAUACAAUUACAUGCUGGA